AUGGUUCUUGCUUUCCUGGCGAAAAGAUUUCGUCAUACAGUGGCGAGUCUGGGGACCAUGCACUGACUUCAGAUGACACAUGCCGAUUCUGAGACGCAUUUAUAAACAAAUAUUGUUCUCACAAAUUUGCAGUGUAUCUACAGCAGUGAUGAAUAAAUUGUCGACUACAAAAGUCUUACACUUGCCUCCACAAACGCCCAAUGAUUGUUUGUCGAAGCCGGGUGAUAUUCAGCAAGAUCAAUUGGAAAUUCUGAAAUCUACUGUAAACGCUCUGAAGGAUGGAGAGGUAGUGGCGGUCCCAACUGACACGCUGUACGGUUUGGCGUGUCUGGCCCAAAACUCAGAGGCUGUGAAGAAAGUGUACAACAUCAAAGGCAGAAAUGGACAGAAACCCUUGGCCAUCUGUGUUGGCGAAAUCGAAGAGAUUUACACAUACUGUAAAGUUGUAGUGAAGAGGGAACUGCUAGAGAAUGUGCUGCCCGGCCCUGUCACUUUGGUGCUGGAGAGAUCUGAAGAGCUGAACCCCAACCUCAAUCCCUUCACCCCGCUGGUGGGUGUGCGCAUCCCUGACCACCCCUUCAUGCGACGCUUGUGCCAGAUGUGUGGAGAACCUCUUGCCCUCACCAGUGCCAACAUCAGCUCCCAGACCAGCACUGUGGACAUCCAUGAGUUCCAGGAGCUGUGGCCGAAGGUAGCGGUGGUGGUGAAUGGCGGCCGCAUUGGGGACCAGAGCAGACAAGGCUCCACGGUGGUCAACCUGUCUGUCCCUGGCAGAUACAGCAUCAUCCGCCCGGGCUGUGCCCUGACUCCCACUUUGAAUGUACUCGACCGCAAAUAUGGACUAUGGGAACAAACUGAGACUCAAAAGGUUUGACAGCCGACAAAAACAAACCUACCACAGAAACGCACAAUCACCUCCAUUCUCUGCUCCUCUCAAAGACGGGACGGACAAAGGAGGCAGAAGCUGAAAAGCGAGGCCUUCAGCUGAGAGGGGAAAAUAAGGAUACGUCUGUUAUAUGAAGCUCCUGUUCUGCACUUUGGAUAUAUCAGCAACUCUGUAGGAUUUGCCGUCUUGGUGGUGGGCCUUACACUGUCAAAGCAGUAGAGGAAGUGUACAAAUACAUCUGUUCCAGUUCUGGUUAUACACCGGAGGGGGUCCAAGAUACUAGUCUUGUUGUAGCAAGCAAACAGAUUUAUUCUGACAGUGCGUGGUGACAGUUAAAAUCUAUUUGAUUUACUUAACCUAUUGAAAGUCACUUGGACCUCAGAAUGAUUCUUUUUGAAUAAUGGAUGCACUCCCAGUGUAGGAAGAUUAGUUUGUACUACUGGCAAGGCCCAAUUUGCUAAUGCAGACAUAUACUGAAGGAUAGGACUAAAGGAUAUAUAUAUAGCGCUCCUUAAUUCCCAAAUUAUAAUAUUUUUUUAACAGUUUUUUUUUUUUUUUUGUUUUCUGUUGAUAAGAGUGUUUGUAUUUAUUUAUGAGAGGAUAGAACUGGUAUAUUCAACUGUAACAGAACAUUUCUGAAUACAUACCUUGACCUUACAUUUUUCUUUGCUAUCUUUUUUUCUAUUUAUUUAUUUUUUUUCUUUUGACUGAUUUUACUGGCUGGUUUGUCCAGUCAUGAUUUUCUGAUAUUGAUCAUGGUCUGAACUCCGAUCUCCAUCAUACUCCAUGUUCUCCUGCCUCUGAUUCUUAAACCAAGAAGGGAGAUUUCAUAAUGGACCAAAAAAUGGACACUAUGACUCGGGAGCUUUUUUCUGUAAUUUUCAGGAAAGCGUCUGCAUCAAUUCUCUAUCACUCUGUCUCCUAAUGGCUGGGUUAAUGGCAGCCUUAAUCUGUGCCAAUCCCCCUUUUUCUCUGUAAACCAAAAUAAAGAGAAGCUCUAAGACA